CAGGUUCCAGAAGGCACUGGGCCAUUCACAAAGCUCAGCGCUUCUCGCGCAUGCACAGUCCGCAGUCUCUUGGUCAUCCCCUGUACUGUCUGCAGUCUCUGGUCAUCCCCUGUACUGUCUGCAGUCUCUGGUCAUCUGUACUAUGUCCACAGUCCCUGGCAUUUUCCCUGUACUAUGUCCACAGUCUCUGGUCAUCUCCUGUACUGUGUCUGCAGUCUCAGGUCAUCUCCUGUACUGUGUCCGCAGUCUCAGGUCAUCUCCUGUACUGUGUCCGCAGUCUCUGGUCAUCUCCUGUACUGUGUCCGCAGGCUCUGGUCAUCUCCUGUACUGUGUCCGCAGGCUCUGGUCAUCUCCUGUACUGUGUCCGCAGGCUCUGGUCAUCUCCUGUACUGUGUCCGCAGGCUCUGGUCAUCUCCUGUACUGUGUCCGCAGGCUCUGGUCAUCUCCUGUACUGUGUCCGCAGGCUCUGAUCAUUCCCUGUACUACGUCCGCAGUCUCUGGUCAUCUCCUGUACUGUGUCCACAGUCUCUGGUCAUCUCCUGUACUGUGUCCACAAGCUCUGGUCAUCUCCUGUACUGUGUCCGCAGUCUCUGGUCAUCUCCUGUACUGUGUCUGCAG